AUGAAUGCGGUUUGCCGAAUCAAUCAGUUUCCAAUCGAAAUUCUUGGUCUCAUAUUCCACUUUGCACUGGAUCCGCUGGAGGAAGAGUAUGAAAUCUGGCCGGUUUCUGAAUCUUCAAUGUUGUCGACGACCGAGCUCGUGAAUAUUACCCUCGUCUGUCACCUAUGGCAUGACAUUGCUAUCGGUACACCGUCUCUUUGGACCACUUUCAGCAAAUUCAAUCAUGUGCCAUAUACCACUGCGCUGCAGCGCUCCAGGAACGCAUUGCUCAAGGUGCAAAUCGAUUAUGACGCCGCCAAGACGUUUUAUGACAUGUUCAUUUCGGACACUACAAUUAGACGCAUCCAGGAACUCCAUGUAUAUUUGCUCGACAUCUCUGAGUAUCCCCGAGCGAGAUGUUUCUGCUUCCCCACACCUAAUCUCGAAAGACUGUCCCUCCUCGAAGUGGAGAGUCCCAAGGAUGACACACGGCCUUUGCUAUUCCACGGAGAUACUCCUCGCUUAACAUCACUACUACUGGACACAGUGGGAUUUCUUCCAAGUAACCGAUUCGAAGUUCUCACUCAGUUGUCUAUAAGGUCAUUGUAUUCGUCACCUGAAACCCCGAUCACCCUGUUGGACGUGACUGCUUUCCUCUCGGGGUGCCCCAGACUGGAGGAGCUUAUGAUUGAUGAAUUUGCUGUGGGUAUGCAAUCCAGGAACGCAACUCUCCAUGUGCCAUCACUGGCAUAUCUACGGAGGAUGACAAUCGAUUCGCAGGAAGCAGGGAUGGCCCUGGCUUCGUGGCUCAUGACACAUGCUCAUAGGUCCGAGGGGGUGGCUGUGCGCAUCCUCGACCAGCAUUCCUUCCCUCUCCAGUCUGACUUCUCUUCCACUUAUGGGACGUCCUUCAAGGGCUUGCACACCCUCGACGUACGCAUGGGGUACCAAUACGAGUGGAAUCUGAUCGCGACCGCCUUCAAUGACGUGUCGGGAAUCCGGGUCGAACGUCCAUACUCGCACGAGAGGCCUUUCUUAUUGCGUGACUGGCCGCUGGCACAUGUGCGGGAGCUCCACAUCCGAGGCUCCGAGGACGUACGCGAAGGCACCGGUUUUGAGACAUUGCUCUCUCCCCUGGUCUCGCUGACAUCGCUGGUGGUGCACCUCGAUUACCCAUGCAAGAAGGGAAAACCCAGCGUGCUUCAUGUGCUCGCCACGCCAUGCAACUCGCAGCUUCUUUGUCCCAACCUCGCCACGAUGCGCAUCAUUGCCGAGCAUGCAUCUGUGGUAGAAGGUAUCGCCGAGGGAGGUGCAUCUGCAGUGGACGAUAUCAUCGCUCUCGCGAUGAUUCGGGCAGAAUACAAGCACUCCCUUCAUGCCAUCGUCCUCGAGUUCGCUUGGCGCCACGAGGAUAUGCUGAUGAGAUUGAAGGCCCUGGAUGCAUAG